GUCAACUCCCUUGUCUUUGACUCGGUCAAGCCCGGAAUAAUGAGGCAGAAUGGAGACUAGGUUGUCCCAGCGAAGAGCCGACUAACCGUGAAGGUGAAAUAAUACCGCAAAAAAACAAACCAGGGUACUUCCCGCUUAAUUUUUCUUAAGAUUUUAUCACUCAAGGGACCGCUGAACGAGAAGAAAGAUUCACAAUGGGCAUCCCACAGAAGUCCACGAGAACGAAGACCAGGAGGCGGCUGAGGUAUACCCCGGUGCUUACUUCCUACAGAGGGGCAUGAAGACUGAUACACGCCCUUUCAGAGACCUGGACCAGAUAUCAGAGGAUCUUCGUUCGCCUAAGCAUCUCGAACAGCACAAGAGCACCAAGGCAGCAGAGGAUCUUCCGGGCCUCGGGCAAUUUUAUUGUGUGGAGUGCGCAAAAUGGUUCGAGAGCGAGCACAGCUUGGUCACGCACCGCAAGGGGAGCACGCAUAAGAGAAGAGUUAAGGCACUGAAGGACGAACCGUAUACCCAGAAGGAAGCUGAAGCAGCUGUUGGAUUGCGGACGGAUAACGGACCUCGGCAGGCUGCGAAGGAAAACACCAAGGAUGUGGAAGUGGAUAUGGAGAACUCUGGACUAAUGGAGGAAGUGGCGACAUGAAGUACUCGAUGCCAAACACACAACGCUUUGUGGCAGUGGACGUGAGGCAUGAAUCAUAUUGGGGUAUCAUCUACUUCGCACCACGACCUUUCGCAGCUCUUGCAAGACCACUACCACGAGUCCCUCGAAGACCUCCGCGAGCUGCCCCUCCUCUCCCUACCGGUCCCGCAGCCCCUCGUCCAGCGCCCGCUAUCCGAGAAGCUGGAGCAGGAGUUGCAAAUUUGGGUGCUGACUUCGAAGAUGUGGGAGGAUUUUCGACGAAGG